GCCGCCGGGCGGGGGCUGGAGCCGGGUCCGGUGCCCGGGAAAGGAGGGGAGGAGCGGCGGAGCGAGGGAGUGGAGCCUCUGCUCGCCCGGGCAGCGUUGCGGGGAAUCGAGGCGGGAAGGGGCGAGGAGGACGAGGAAGCAGCGGCUCAGGGAGAGAGUCCCGAAACCGGCCCUCCCCGCCGCGGCGGCGGGCGAACCACGAUGCCCGGCCGGCCAGAGCUGCCUGCACGCCCUCCCGGAGACCGCCGCCCGUAGCGGGGCCGCCGCGCCGCGGGGAGAUACCAGACAAUAGCCUCCUAUGCUGUAGAUAUGGGGCUUUCUGAAAAUACACAGGAUAUAAAGUUUUGAACAGUGCCUCCCCAACAAGUGUGAUGAGAAAUGGCUUUAGGAAACAAUACCCAGAGAAGUUAUUCCAUCAUCCCCUGCUUCAUCUUUGUUGAGCUCGUCAUCAUGGCUGGGACUGUUCUGCUCGCCUACUACUUUGAGUACACCGACACUUUCCAGGUGCAUAUCCAAGGUUUCUUCUGCCAGGAUGGCAAUUUGAUGAAGCCGUACCCUGGGACAGAGGACGAGAGCUUCAUUUCACCACUCGUGCUGUACUGUGUGCUGGCUUCAACUCCGACAGCGAUUAUUUUUAUUGGCGAGAUAUCCAUGUAUUUCAUAAAGUCAACCCGAGAAACCCUCAUUAUUCAAGAGAAAACUAUUUUGACUGGAGAGUGCUGUUAUCUGAACCCACUGCUUCGAAGAAUAAUACGUUUUAUAGGAGUGUUUGCAUUUGGACUUUUUGCCACUGACAUCUUUGUAAAUGCUGGCCAGGUUGUGACUGGGAACUUGGCUCCCUACUUCCUGACUGUGUGCAAACCCAACUACACUGGAAACGACUGUCGGGCCCACCACCAGUUCAUAAACAAUGGCAACAUCUGCACGGGAGAUGUGGAGGUGAUUGAGAAGGCCAGGAGAUCUUUUCCAUCCAAACAUGCUGCUUUGAGCAUCUACUCAGCUUUAUAUGCCACGAUGUACAUCACAAGCACAAUUAAAACAAAGAGUAGCAGGCUAGCCAAGCCCGUGCUGUGUCUGGGAACCCUCUGUGCUGCCUUUCUCACUGGGCUAAAUCGAGUGUCUGAGUAUCGAAACCACUGCUCAGAUGUGAUUGCAGGCUUCAUCCUGGGGAGUGCUGUAGCCUUGUUUCUGGGGAUAUGUGUUGUCCAUAACUUUAAGGGCAGUCAUGCAGCUCCUUCCAAACCGAAGCCUGAAGACCCCCGAGGAAUGCCACUAAUGGCUUUUCCCAGGGUGGAGAGUCCUCUGGAGACACUGAGUGCACAGAAUCACUCUGCCUCUAUGACUGAAGUAACCUGAGAUGGGAGAUCAGCAGCUGAAGCUAUUUUUUACUACCCUCCAGUAAAAUACUCCAA